GUGCGUGGACCAGACACCUCGCUCCUGCCCUUCACCCGCAUAGCUCAGCGGGACAUCUGGCUCCACCAAUUCCCCCCCUCCUCCUGCUCCCUCCCACCCACCGCUCCCUCCUUCGCUCCCCCUCCUCGCCCCCCUCGCUUCCUGCUCCUGCCCUGGCCUCAACCCAACGCGCAAGGAGAGGAAACUGCAGCAGCAGCAGCGGCAGCUGCAGCAGCAGGGGGGGCGGAGAGCAGUGGAGCAGGGGGAGCAGGAGGGCGAGUGGAAGAGGAGGAGGUGGCAUCCGGGGUGGUGGCAGUGGCAGCAGCGCUGGCAGUGGGGCUGGCCACGGGGCGAAUAGUUGUGCCUGUGGACCAGGGCAGAGCGCUGUUAGGGGGUCAGGGGGAACAGGGGAGUGGAACAGUUGCUACCCAACUCUGUGAAGGUGCAGGGCAGGCGUCAUUCCACUGCCUCUUCUUCCCACUCACGUCCGCUGCGUGUCAAUCGUCAGCCCUCCAUCUCGCCGCCUCCGCCAAUCCCAACCGUCCAUCGGCCCCAGCCACCCUGGAGAAGCAGCUACUGUCAGACGACCCCGUCGUGUGGUUACCACCUGAAUUCGUAACCGCUGCAGCCGGAGACUCCGCUGGGAACGCAGCACAAGCCGGGGGGGAGAGCGCAUCACGAGAAGGGGGAGCGGGAGGAGUGGGAGGGGCGCGGAACGGAGUUUGGAUGUGGGGGUACCUGCCGCGGCUUGUUGGUACGAGCAGAGGCAAGCUGGUGCUCGCACACCUCGCUCAGCGCAUAGCCAAGGCUAAGUCAGCCCCUUCCUUCCCUCCUUCCUUCCCUCCUUCCUUCCCUCCUUCCUUCCCUCCUUCCUUCCCUCCUUCCUUCCCUCCUUCCCUCCCUCCUUCCUUCCCUCCUUCCUUCCCUCCUUCCUUCCCUCCUUCCCUCCCUCCUUCCCUCCCUCCUUCCCUCCCUCCUUCCUUCCCUCCUUCCUUCCCUCCUUCCUUCCCUCCUUCCUUCCCUCCUUCCUUCCCUCCUUCCUUCCCUCCUUCCUUCCCUCCUUCCUUCCCUCCUUCCUUCCCUCCUUCCUUCCCUCCUUCCUUCCCUCCUUCCUUCCCUCCUUCCUUCCCUCCUUCCUUCCCUCCUUCCUUCCCUCCUUCCUUCCCUCCUUCCUUCCCUCCUUCCUUCCCUCCUUCCUUCCCUCCUUCCUUCCCUCCUUCCUUCCCUCCUUCCUUCCCUCCUUCCUUCCCUCCUUCCUUCCCUCCUUCCUUCCCUCCUUCCUUCCCUCCUUCCUUCCCUCCUUCCUUCCCUCCUUCCUUCCCUCCUUCCUUCCCUCCUUCCUUCCCUCCUUCCUUCCCUCCUUCCUUCCCUCCUUCCUUCCCUCCUUCCUUCCCUCCUUCCUUCCUCCUUCCUUCCCUCCUUCCUUCCCUCCUUCCUUCCCUCCUUCCUUCCCUCCUUCCUUCCCUCCUUCCUUCCCUCCUUCCUUCCCUCCUUCCUUCCCUCCUUCCUUCCCUCCUUCCUUCCCUCCUUCCUUCCCUCCUUCCUUCCCUCCUUCCUUCCCUCCUUCCUUCCCUCCUUCCUUCCUUCCUCCUCCGCUCCUCCACUUCUUGCCGCUGCCUCCCUGUUCACAUCGUUACUCCCAUUCAAUCUCUCUACCCGUUUCCGUGCUUCUGCAAUACCACUUCUCUCCCUCCUCCACUUUUCCCCGCCCUGCCCCCACCAUGCCUCCAACUGGGACCUCCUGUCCUUUCCCUUCUCCCUCUUCUUCCCCAUGCCCUGCCACCAUCAGGGGCACCGGUGGUUGUUGGCGCAGCUGCAGCGCUUCCUACUACGGUGGCCCUCCCUGCACAGCACACAUGCCAUCUCGCCAACACCGUGCGCCACCACGCCCUGGGGGACCACCACCGGUGGUUGUUGGCGCAGCUGCUGCGCUUCGUGCUGCGGUGGCCCUCUCUACACACAUGCCAUCUCGCCAACACCGCGCGCCACCACGCCCUGGGGAACCACGUGUCGCUGCAGCUCGCCUCCUCCUACUCCGCCCUCCUCUCCCUCCCCGAAACCAAUUCUCCUGAAUUUGCCGCGGAUGCUGCUGCUGCUGCCGCUGCUGCUGCUGGUGCUGCUGAAAACGGUGCUUAUUCCGGUCCUAAUGGUGCUGCGACACUUGGUGGGGCAUCCAGCGUUGACGAUUCAGCAGCUACUGGCAUCAGCAGCAGCGGCAGCGGAGGAGCAGCAGUGGCGGGUGAAGCAGCGGGUAUGCGCAAGGCUGGGGGGGGAGCAGACGAGGGAUGGGGCAGGGGCGAGGAUGAGUGGAGCGAGGAGUACGAGUCACCGUGGCUUUCUGCGAAAGAGAGCACUGCGGCCCAUGCAGCAGCAGCCCGCGCCCUGAGCGAGCAGCCUCUACUGGAAGGGCUACCAUUCAAGGAGCUCUAUGCCAUGCACUCCUUCUCCCUCUUCCCCGCCUCCUCCCUCCACUCCUCCCUCUGGGCGUGGGACGACGCGGGCGGACCAGAGCCGUACCUGCCCCGCCCCAUCGCCAGCGUGCACGUAGGGAGGGCUUCAGAAGGAGGGACGGGUGAAGAGGGUUCAGGAGGGCAAGGUGUGGCGGUGGGUGGUGGGGAGGAGGGUGCGGCGGCAGGGUGGCUGGUGCAGGUGCAGCAGCAGCGGCUGAGAGUGCCGAAUCUGAAGACUCUGUGGAUGUCCAUACCAGGGGAAUGCCAGUCCGCCAGUCCGCCAGCCCACCAGCCCACCAGCCCCUCCUACAAGGGAUCCCCCUCUGGGGACGGCACUCCACAUUCGAAAGCGUUACCAUCCGCCGUUUUCAUUCCACCCUCUUGUUGGUUAACUGGGAGGUGCGAUGUGCAUGUGGAUGGCGGUGGUGGGGUAGCAGCAGGGCAGCAGCAGCAGGUUGUGGGGCAAGCGGACAUGGAUGUGUGCUUAGUAUUCUCGUUAUCUCCCCACUCUCCUCUCAUUCACCUCCCCACCAGACAUCUCAUUCCCUCUCCCCUGCCUCCCAUCUCCCUAACGCCACAUGUUCCCUCAUCCCUGUGGUUCCCCUCCCUCUCCUCUCCUCCUCGCCUCCCCCUUCCCCGCCUCCUCCCUUCCUCCCUCCUCUCCUCCUCCUCUCCCCCCCUCCCCUGCCGACAGUCGGAGCAAGUCACAUCGCUGCAGCAGCGAGUGGAGCAGCUAUCAGCGGACGUGGCAGCGAGUGGGCGCACGGCAGUGCAGGCGAGUGGCGAGCUGGUGACGGCCGUGGCGGCGGUGGCGGCACUGAGGGACGACGCGGGCAUCAAGGCGGAGCGCAUCCGCGCGCUGGAGGAGGAGCUGCGCGCCGCCCUCGAGGCAGUGCAGGAGCUGCGGGGCGCGGUGCAGCACAAGGAGGCGGCCAUCGAGCUGGCGGCAGCAGAGGCAGCGGCGUGCCGGGCGGAGGUGCGGGCAGCGGAGGAGAGGGCGGCGGGCGUGGAACGCGAGAACCGCAUGCUGGUGGACCGAUGGACGCACCUCAAGCUGCACCAGGCUGACACACUCAAUGAGGCGAAUCAGCUGUACGAGGACCUGGUGGAGCGCACGCGUGCCUCCUCGCGCUCCCUGCAGCACCUCGCCGCCCAACAACCCCUCGGCAUCCUCCAGCUCGCCGAGCCCGGCGUCUCCCCACGCCUCGUCUCCACGCACGCCCCCUCACGCGCCCUGCGCUCGCACCGCUGCCACGACUCCGCCUGCUGCUCCCUCGCCAUGAGCGCUGCGGGCCACCGUGUGAUCACGGGAGGGGAGGACGGUGCAGUGAAGGUGUGGGAUGCGCACAGGAGCGCGCUGCUGGAUACGGCUAGAGGGUGCCUGGGGGCGGUUAUGGACCUGGCUGUGCUCGGGAGCGGCGGUGGGGGGGGAGGGGGAGGGGGAGGGGGAGCGGACGGCAGGAGGCGCAGCAGUGGUGUUGGUGGUGGUGGUGCAGAUUUGGCCCCGUCGGCCCACCACGGGUUUUCUGCGCUGCUGGCGGCGUCCUCGGACCACAAGCUGUACCUAUGGGAUGCUGCCACGUGGCAGCUGAGGCACACUCUGACAGGGCACACGGACAAGGUGGUAGCAGUGGACGUGGACGAACACAGAGGGGGAGGCGGCGCAGGCACAACUGGGGGUGGCGCAACCGGGGGAGGCGGCAUCUCGAGCAGCAGCAGCAGUGGCGGCGGCGGCGGCAUUAGCAGCAGUGCACGGGCCAUCAGUGCGGCGUACGAUCGCAGCAUGAAGCUAUGGGACCUGGAGCGCGGGUUCGCCACAGUCACCAUCCUCUGCCACAGCAACUGCAACGCGCUGCGCUUCGCCCCGGGGGGUCUCUCCGCGCUCUGCUCAGGCCAUGCCGACGGGCACCUGCGCAUGUGGGACGUGCGCUCGGGGAAGCUAGCCAACGAAGUGGCAGCUCACGCCGCAGCCAUCACCUCCCUCGCGCUCUCCUCCUCGUCUGUCUCCGCUCGUCACAGCGGCGGCGGCGCGUCCGCAGCGAGUAUCUACGACUUGGUGACGUGUGGGAGAGACAACAUUCUCCGCGUGUUUGACCUGCGCGCGCUGGCAGCGAAGCAGGUGCUGAGGGGUCCGCAUGCGUUCAGAGUGGCGUCCAACUGGAGCCGUGCGUGUGUGAGUCCCACGGACGAGUACGUGGCAGCUGGCAGCAUGGAUGGGUCGGUGGUCGUGUGGAGCAGACGCACUGCUGCUGUGGAGCGCCACCUGAGGCCCGCGCCGGCCUUGGCUUCAGGUGCCGGUUCAGGUGCUGGUUCAGGUGGCUCUGCUGGCUUGGCCUCGGGGGCUGCUGGUGCUGCUGCAGCGCCUAUCUUGACGAGUGUGUGGGGAAGCUGUGGGUUGCCUCUGGUCACUGGGGACAGGGCUGGUGUGGUCACCACGUGGGAGUGA